AUGCUGCCCCUCCGUCCCGCGCUGCUGCCCAAGCGCUACCGCGGCGGCUCGGCUCCGCGCUCGCGGCCGGGCCGCGCGGCCGCCCGAGCUGCGGCGGCAGGAGGAGGAGAAGGGCGCGACGGCGGCGGCAGCACCGGCGGCGGCGGGUCCCCCGCGCCGGUCCCGCGGGGCGGCGCCGGGCCGGUGCGGGUGUCGGUCCGGCGGCGCGGGCCGGGGUCGCCGCGGGCUGCCCGGAGGGGGGCGGAGCAGGAGCCGCCGCGCCCGUGCGCGCGCUGGCCGGUAGGGGCCGCUGCCGCUCCCCGCAGGGCGCGGGGAGGCGGGGCCGGCGGGCGCGGCGCGAGGCCCGGUCGCGGGGCGGCGGCGUCGCUCCUGUUGGCCCAGCCGGCGGCGGCCAUGGCGGCCGUGCUGUCCCCGCGCCUCUGCGACAGCGACCCGGCCACGCCCGGCGCGCAGUCCCUCAAGGAUGACACAGAAGAAAAUUCCAAUGAUGGCAGCCAGCCGUCCAAAAGACGGCGUAUGGGCUCAGGGGACAGUUCUCGAAGCUGUGAAACUUCCAGUCAAGACCUUGGGUACAGUUAUUUUCCUGCUGAAAAUUUGAUAGAAUACAAAUGGCCACCCGAUGAAACAGGAGAAUACUAUAUGCUUCAGGAGCAAGUUAGUGAAUAUUUGGGUGUGACUUCCUUUAAAAGAAAAUAUCCAGAUUUAGAAAGGCGAGAUUUAUCUCACAAGGAGAAACUCUACCUCAGAGAACUAAAUGUUAUCACAGAGACUCAAUGCACACUAGGUCUAACAGCUUUGCGUAGUGAUGAAGUAAUUGAUCUGAUGAUUAAAGAAUACCCUGCCAAACAUGCUGAGUAUUCUGUUAUACUGCAGGAGAAAGAACGGCAGCGAAUAACAGAUCAUUACAAAGAGUAUUCUCAAAUGCAGCAGCAGAACACACAGAAAGUAGAAGCCAGUAAAGUUCCAGAAUAUAUUAAAAAAGCUGCCAAGAAAGCUGCAGAAUUCAACAGCAAUUUAAACCGAGAGCGGAUGGAAGAAAGAAGAGCCUAUUUUGAUUUACAGACACAUAUUAUCCAGGUGCCUCAAGGAAAAUACAAAGUCUUGCCUACAGAGAGAACAAAGGUUAGUCCUUAUCCAGUGGCUCUCAUACCCGGCCAGUUCCAGGAGUACUACAAAAGAUACUCUCCAGAUGAACUUCGUUACUUGCCAUUAAACACAGCUCUUUAUGAACCUCCUUUGGAUCCGGAGCUGCUUACACUGGACAGUGAUGGAGAUUCAGAUGAUGCAGAGGAAGGGAGAGGUGAUGAAAAAAGGAAAACCAAAGGCAAUUCGCCAAAGGUCAUUCCAAAUGCUAUAUGUGGAAUUUGUCUGAAGGGUAAGGAGUCCAACAAGAAAGGAAAACCUGAAGCUCUUAUACAUUGCUCCCAGUGUGACAACAGUGGCCACCCUUCUUGCCUUGAUAUGACCCCGGAGCUUGUUGCUAUGAUUAAGACUUACCCUUGGCAAUGUAUGGAGUGUAAAACGUGCAUUAUAUGUGGGCAGCCUCACCACGAAGAAGAAAUGAUGUUCUGUGAUGUAUGUGACCGUGGUUAUCACACUUUUUGUGUGGGCCUUGAUGCUAUCCCUUCAGGUCGCUGGAUUUGUGAUUGUUGUCAGAAAGAACCUCCUGUACCCAGAAGAGGAGGAAGAAGGGGAAAAAACAGCAAGGAGGGCUAAAAAAGCCCUUAAAAACUUGCUGUCCAAAACUUUACUGCACAAAUUAAAGUGAUACUCUGGUGCUAU